AUGGCACCCGUCGGUCCCCGAGUCUCCAAAGAAGAAUUCAUGCGUGCGCUCAGCUUGAACCCUCAAGACCCUCAACAUGAACAAUACUACCGAGCCAUGCGAGACGAAGCAAUCAACGUCUACAACCACCUCAACCAAGACACCACCCAUCUUCUCGACACGGUCCGCGCCGACCCCAACACCCGCCCUCCCUUCUUCUGGCACCACAUCCGCCCGGAUCACCAGCGCUGGGCGAUCAUGGAAAUCUGGCGGAACUCGGGCCCCCUGACGCGGCCGCUCUUCGACCGAGGCGGCACAAAUGGCGAGUAUGGGCCCAAUUGGGUCGCCAGCUGGUUGUUGUAUAGUGUUUUUCGCUCCAGAGAUGUGCGGAAUAAUCGCAAUCGGCGGAAGGGGGAGAGUGCAGCGGGCGAUUCCGGUUUGGAUAAGAGGACGAAGCAAGCGGAGGAGACUACCUCAAAGAAGAAAGGGUACUAUGAUCCGGUGCGGAAUGGGACGUUGUGA